GUAAUCCCAGCUAUUAGGGAAGCUAAGGCAGGAGAAUUGCUUGUACCCAGGAGGUGGAGGUUGCAGUGAGCCGAGAUUGCACCACUGCACUCCAGCCUGGGUGACAGAGUGAGACUCUGUGUCCAAAAAAAAAAAAAAAGAGGCUUUAAAUACUGGUUCCUGAAGUCAGGUAACAUUACUUCUCCCACUGCACUUUCUGAAAGAGAAGAUACUUGACUUCUCCUUUCCACCUCCAACUCCAAAAGUAAUACUUUAAUAGCUAAAGAGGAUAACUGUGUCCUUUUCUCAUUCCCAAAUAAAUUCAACUAAUUCAGCUGUCAGAAGGACCCGUUAUGAAUCUGUUUAACACAAUGACAGACUUUAAAAAUCUUUUUGAAGGAAAAAAUAAGGGGCCCAAACACUACCUCUCCUACCCUCUUUUAAAAAUAAAACUCCUAACAAGGAACUAUAAAAUAGAAAGCUGCUAAAAUGAAGACUGCUUAUCAUAUUUACUUUGUCUGCCUCUCUCAUAAUGAAGACACAUGGAAAAUGUUUCCAAUCUUACUCAUUCUGCCAAGAAAGAUCUCCUGUGAACAAGAUUUCUAAAUCUAGAAAGUGCAAAAUUUGUAGAUUAUCAGACUGUGUAUAGCAUUUUCUCUAUUCUGAUCAUAUUUAUAAUACCUCAAGAAAGAAAAAAUUCCCUUGCCCUUUUCAUGGAUUAAUACUGCUAGUAAAUAAGUUUUUUCAACUAAUCACACUAACUUUCUCACUGAAAUAUUCAACAACAUAUCAUCUGACAUGCAACGUAAGGUUAGCUUUUCCAGUUUCAUUUCUAGUUACCUUUUCAGUUCAGUAUUUGAGCAUGUAUGGUAGAAUAUAGAACAGAGUGUAACAAUUUAUCAAUAAUCUGACAAAUGCAGAAGAACCAGUUUAAUAGAUUUCUCAGCUGAGUCAAGAGAUAAGCAAAAUAGUUAAGUGAUUUUUUAAAAAAAGGAGAGACCAACAAUUUCAAAAACAGGUAAAAAAAAAAAAAAUAAUAAUAAUAAUACAGGCUCAAGAUCACCUUACUAGUUUCUAUCAGAUCUUUCCAAAUAGGCUGUAUUUGUGUAGAACUCCUCCCUGCUCCCAAUUCUCUAGAUGUGACCAAAAAAAUGUCAUUUUUUCCCUGUAUCUGAAUUAGCAGUAAAAUCCAUAGGGAUACAUACUGACUUGGCAUAGGCUUUAGAUCCCAUUGUCUGGGUUGGAAUCAGUUCUACUUAGUUGAAUGGCUUUGGUCAUGUUAUUUUAAACUCUGUGUCUCAUUUCCUCACUUGAAAAUGGAAAUAAAAUUAUCUACUUCUUACGGUUCUUAAAGAUUCAAAUGAAAUAACUUACCCUAUGCAAAAUGUGUAGCACAAUGAGUAACACACAGGAAGCAGUCAGUAAAUGUUAAUUUGCUAUUUUUUAAAAUUAAAUCUAUCUAGGUGUUUAUAGUGCUUAAGACACCUAAAGGACUUCAAUAGCAUACUAUUUUAAUAGGUAACUGUAUACCCGGGAGUUGUCAUGGAUUCUUCUCUCUUCACUCCAUUAUCAAGUCUGAUUCAUUCUACCUUGGUAUCUCUGGAAUCAAUUCCACUCUCUCUACUCCACUACCUUAUAUUGGGCCUUAUUAUUUCUUACACAGGAAGAGGAGGAUACAAGAGGCAAUGAGAAAACAUUAAUUUGCUUUACACCUCAAUUUCAAUGACCAGAUUAGAGAUGUUAAGUUUUUUUUUUUUUUUUUUUUUUUGACAGAGUCUUACUCUAUUGCCCAGGCUGGAGUGCAGUGGCACAAUCUUAGCUCACUGCAACCUCCACCUCCCAAGUUCAAGUGAUUUUCCUGCCUCAACCACCUGAGUAGCUGGGACUACAGGCACAUGCCACUAUGCCUGGCUAACUUUUGUAUUUUUUAGUAGAGAUGGGGUUUCACCACAUUGGCCAGGCUGGUCUCGAACUCCUGACCUCAUGAUCCGCCUGCCUCGGCCUCCCAAAGUGCUGGGAUUACAGGCAUGAGCCACUGCACCCAGCCAAGAUAUUAGUUUUAACUAUGACAAAAAGGUUAUGUGGCCCAGAAAUCUGAGGAAAAGCAAAUGUGACAACUACAUAUUAAAGCCCAGAAGACACUCUGUUAGUUUUAUAAAUUAAAAUGUUCACAGUGUUUGCACUGUGUUAGCUCACAAUCAAGCAGGGUCUACAGUAUAAAGUGCUUGCUGUGGAUGCACAGAAGAGAACAAUUGUCUACCUAUAAAGAACUAUCAGGCAAGGCUUCCUAAGUGGAUAUUUAACGCAGACCAGUGGAUAUAUAAAUCAUUAGGGAAUAGGGGAGUUCACUUGUAAAGUAAGGGCGCUCUGGGGAACAGGAUGAGUAUGACUGAAGUCAUCAAGUCAUGGGUGGUGGGGGGUUCGGUGGAGGUAUGGGGGAAUUUAUUUUGUGAUAAUAAAUCUCAACUUAGUUUUAAGGUUUUAGAUGUAAGAUGUCACCCAAUGAACUUUGAUGAUGUUUUUCCCAGCUUAUGAGAAAUAGAAAUAUCAACAGAAAAAAGUACUGCACAAAACUGAAAACCUUUCUGACUUAGUAAGCUUCUCACAAUAAAACACGCAGUGAGUAGCUUGUAUUGUACAAUAAACCAUAACAUAUGAAAAUCACUUGCCAGCUGGGUAUGAUAGCUCACAUCUAUAGUCCGAGUUACUUGAAUCUUGCUUGAGUGGGAGGAUUGCUUGGGGCCAGGAGUUCCAGACCAGCCUAGACAACAUAGUGAGACAUCAUCUCUAAAAACAUCAUUAGCCCACAUAGUGCCUAUAAUCUCUGGACUUGCUCCCAUUUCCUCUUUAUCUGAAGCCUUUUGUAAAAAGGAGAGUUAAGUAUCUUACAUCUUAUUUUUAAUUUCUCUAGCAAUAGACACCACUGUUGUGGUCAAAUCACCGCCACCAUUUACUCCACAUUCUUUUAGGGUCUACUCUAAAAAAAAAACUGUGUCUACUAAACAUAAACCAAAACUACUGAAGAGUCCCUCUGCUUGUGAAAAGAACAUCAUUCUUAUUCAACUUUAGUCAAAAUUUUCCCACAUUUUGGUCUUUUUUAUCAUCUGAAUCUGAUCUUUACCAUAUGAAUAUAAUCUUCCAAAUAUUUGCUAAAAGGCACAAGUAAUUUUUCUUUGUUAAUUAAAAAAAAUUUUGUUUGGCUGGGCAUAGUGGCUCAUGCCUGUAAUCCUAACACACUGGGAGGCUGAGGCAGGAGGAUCACUUGAGGCCAGGAGUUUGAGACCAGCCUGGCCAACAUGGCAAGACCCUGUCUCUAAUAAAAAUACAAAAAUUAGCACGGCAUAGUCACACACAUCUGCAGUCCCAGCUACUCAGGAGACUGAGGCCCAAGAAUUGAACCUGGGAGGCGGAGGUUGCAGUGAGCUGGGAUUGCGGCUGCACUCCAGCCUGGGUGACAGCCGAACUGUCUGAAAAAAACAAAACAAAAUCCAAAACCCAAAAAACUGUUUCCUUCAUGUUCAUUUUAUGUGUUUAUUUUUUAAAAAGAAAAAAAAAAACCUGCAGUAAAGCACUGAUAUGCAAAAAAGAUGGCUACAUCAUGAAGUGGAAUCAGGGUGACCAACGGUCCAGGUUUAAGCACUGAAAGUCUCAUGUCUGAGGAAACUCUCCAUCCUGGGCAAACAAGAAUGGUUGGCCAUUUUAGGUAGAAUACGUUCUGACAGGAAUUUGCUUCUUAUUUCAUAUUCUUAAAGAUGGAAAAAACAUACCUGCUCUUAAAAAGCUUACAAUUUUGUAGGAAAAGAUGGAGACAUAAAAAUAUGAAAAAUAUCAUGAGAUGUACAAAAUACUAUGGGAGUUCAGAAGGAGAGAUAAGGAGAUUUAUGAAGAGGGUGGCAAAAAAAAAAAGAAAGUUACAAUAUUUCAAUAGGAAAGAACAUACCAGGGGUAAGAAAAGUGAGAGCAAAGGCACAAAAGGCAGCAUAACAUGGGAACAUUAAUUAGACUAUAGCGGAAAAAGCAGUCUGACUGGCUCACAGGGAACAAAGGAAUAGGAAAAUAAAAAUAGCAGGAAUCUUCAGUUAAGAUUAAGGAGAUCUCUGAAUAUCAGUGAAGAGCUUUGACUCAUUUAAUAAGCAACAACAGACAUUUUGAAGAUAAAUACUGAGAAAACUAAAGAUACUUUUAAAUUAACGAAAGAAGUUCUAACAGUAGAAAGCUGAACAAUACAUCUAGGCAUGGUAAGCAUUUCAUUAAAAUAUGAGUAAUAUGUGAUAAUUUUUAAAAUGCGUAAGUUAAUUUGCAACAAAAACCUAUAUUAAAAUGGUGAAAAACAACAAAUGAGGUCAGAAAUAGCAUACCAAAUGGAAGAAACUGCAAGAAACUGACAUAAGGAUAGUUAGAAACUUGGAAUUUCAGCUUUAUUCAAUAUUAUAUGGAUAUUAAGUAUCUGCUAUGUGCAGCCAGUGUAGAUAUCAUAUGCAAACAUUUUUGGUUCCCUAUUUUUUAUAACAGGAUAUUAAUUUUGAUACCACGGCAUCUAAUAUCUAAGGCAUGCUGAAGUUACAUUUAGUUAUACCACUAUCACAAAACAUAGCACUUAGGGUAUUUGCCUACAACCUCACAUGUAUUAACAAAUAAAGCAGAUGUAUAGGGCAGGCCCCAUUUUUCCCUCAAAAAAAGUACUUCGAAUCUGCCAAAGUGCAUGAAAAAAACAUAUUCAGGCUGGAUGCAGUGGCUGACACCUGUAAUCCUUGGGCAACAAGGCGAAACCCCACCCCUACAAAAAAUACACAAAAUGCAGUUCCACCUACCCAGGAGGAUGGGAGGUGAAAGGAUCACCUGAGCCUGGGCAGGUUGAGGUUGCAGUGAGCUGUGACAGCGCCACUUCACUCCAGCCUGGGUAACAGAGACCCUGCCUCGAAAAAAACAAAACAGAAACAAAAACAAAAAACACUCCAAACCCAAAAAAGCAAAAAGCCCCAAAACCAUACUCAGUUAAGGGUUAAAUACCUCAUGACCUGGGGCCUACGUGUAAUGAUUAUUGCUAUAUAAUCAAAACCUAACACAGUGGCUGGAAUAUGGAAGACACCUAAUUAUUUGUUGAAUGAAUCAAAACCAGUUUCUUGCCCUAGAGGGGAGGUUGGCCAACUAGAACUCCCAGACCAAAUCUCAUUUGCUCCCUGUUUUUUUUUUUUUUUGGUAUAUAAAAUUUUGUUGAAACACAGUCACACUCAUAAAGUUUUAAUGGAACAUAGUUCAUUUGUUGUGUCUUGUCCAUAGUUGGCUUCAGGCUACAAUAGCAGAGGUGAAUGGUUGUGGUAAGAGACUGUAUGGUUAACAAGGCUUAAAACAGUUACCUGGCCCUUUACAGAAAAAGUUUGCCAACACUUGCACUAUAGGCUAGAGCCUGGAAGAGACAAGGACAGACCUUGCCCAUUAACUCAGAGGUGGUAAAUGGGUUUUAGCUUAGUCAUCAACUCAAAAUAUUAAUAGCUACCUGUAGCUAAGUACAGUGUUGAGAAUGAUUUUUGAGAUCAACUAGGACUCAAAGGGAAAGAAUCUAGUUCUCAAUUACCAAUGGCUACUGUGGCUUAAGUGAAGGAGAGACAUGGUUGUAUUAAUGAUUCCAAAAACAUUUGAAAAUUUCUGCUGUAGAGUAUUUUAAACAUCUAGCACUGUUGUCUGACGGUUUUACAAAAAUGAAUUAAUUAGCUGCAAAAUAUAUGCCAAACAACCCCCUCAAAACAAAUCAAAACACCUAUAAAGAAUUACUGAGAAUGAUCCUGCUAAAUGCUGAAGUCUGUCUACCAAAACCAAUGAUUUCUGGCAUAGCUAGCUAUCAUUUUUAUAACAUUCAUUCAGUAUCUCUAUGUGACAGGUACAUUAUUCACUUAGUUAACAGACUGAGUUGUUUAAGAUCAUUCAUGAGGAUGAUAAAAUAGUAUAUAUAAAGGGAACCUACAGCAAGAAGGUUAAGCCCCUAGUAUAUAUAAAAACUUUAAGAUUUAUAGAUAAAAUUGAAAACGGCAGCUUGGGUAAAAUAUAUUUCACAUUUAAAAUGAAAAUCUAAUCUGUUAAUUUUGUGCAUUUAGAUUCUUCAAGUGGUUAAAAUACACAUGGUCUAACAUCAAAGUAUUCAUGCCACUGGGGUUCUGAAGUUUCUCUUCAGAUUAUUUCAGAAUAAUCCUUUGUUAACCAAUAAAUAUAUUUCUAAUCUGGAACACUGACGUGUCUGUAUGGUGCUUUUAAAGCUCUUACCAUGUCCUUUCAUAUAUUAAAUUCCAAUCUUCAGAGCAACAAUGAAGAUAAGGUACUAUCUUUAGAUAAAGGAUCUGGCUGGGCACAGGGGCUCACGCCUGGAAUCCUAGCACUUUGGGAGGCUGGGGUAGGUAGAUGGCUUGAGCUCAGGAGUUUGAUACCAGACUGGGAAACAUUGUGAAACCUUGUCUCUACAAAAAACACAAAAAAUUACCUGGGCAUGGUGGUGCACGCCUGUGGCCCCAGCUACUCAGGAGGCUGAGGUGAGAGGAUCACCUGAGCCCAGGGAGAUUGAGGCUGCAGUGAGUCGUGACUGCACCACUGCACACCAGCCUGGGCAAGAGAGUGAGACUUGUCUCAAAAUAGCUAAAUAAAUAAGUAAAUAAAAAUAGAUAAAGGAUUUGUGAUUCAGAUUACUUACCUGAAGUUGCAGAACCACAAGACUGUAGAUUUAGGAUUAGAAUCCAGACUACUGCUGUCCAAUAGAGCUUCCUGUGAUGAUAAUGUUCUAUCUGGACUGUCUAGUAUAGUAGCCACUAGCCACAGAUGACUAUCAAAGACUUAAAAUGUGGUUAGUGUAACUGUAAAACUAAAAUUUUGAUUUUAUUUAAUUUCAAUUAAAACUCUUUCUACACUUCUGGAUUUUUGCUUAUGAAACUACUGAACAAGGCAUCCAGAGCUUCAAUAUUCAUGAAAAGCUUGGAUCUACCAAAAGUGUCAUCAUCAGGGCCUCUUUAUUUCUGGAAAAGCAGUUUGCCCCAGUCUCAUUCUUGUACUUUUCUCUCACAAGGAUACCACUCAUUUUCUUCACAUAAAUAUCCCUUUGAAAAGUUUUUGCUAAAUUUUCUAAAGUCAUGCAUUGGACAAGGUUUCCUGUUGGAAGUUAUACAAAUCACAUUUACAUAUAAAAAUAAGUCAUUAAAAAAUAUCAAGCAACUUACAAAAUUACUGUGGAAACUAGAGAAUGAAGUUGGAAGCUAACAUAGCCACAAACACCCAAAACCAUAUUACAAAAUUGGCCAGGUGAGGAAACUGCUGUCACAUCACUAACAGUAGAUGCUUCAGUUUGUAUCAGUUGUUUCUGCAGCAGAAAACUGAUUUGUGGUAUACAUCAACUAAGAGGAAAAGAGAAAUCCAUCAGAAAUUUAUCAUCUCUUCCAUCUCAAGUUAAAGUACACGUAAUUUUGUGGGGCCUAGGUCAAGUACUUGUGCCCUAGCUGCAAGGAGGCUGGAAAAGCUAGUAUCUGGCAUAUUCAUUUUCUUCUUUUUAAGAGACAAGGUCUCAUUCUGUUAUCCAGGCUGGAGUGCAGAGGCGCAAUCAUAGCUCACUACAGCCUCAACUCCUGGGCUCAAGUGAUCUAUCCACCUCAAUAUCCUGAGUAGCUGGACUACAGGCGUGUGCCGCAUGCCCGAUUAUUUUUUUUUUUAAUUUUUUUGCAGAGACAGGGUCUUGCUAUGUUGCCCAGGCUGGUCUCAAACUCCUGGCCUCAAGUGAUCCUCCUGCCUUGGCCUCCCAAAGUGUUGGGAUUUCAGGAAUGAGUCACCACUGUCUGGCCCAUUUUCAUUUUCUAUAAAGCAAGGCUAUCUACCAAAACUUAUGUCCGUUUUUUCAGUAUACUGGGGAGUCUCUCUAAAGAUAAAUUAACAUACCCUGUACACAUCUAUCUAUAUGAUAAAAGACGCUUUUAGUCAGGUAUUAUGUUUCUGUUAGAUGUAGUUCGGCUGGUAUGGGUCACAUUCCAGCAUGAUGUGAAGUAAGGAGCUACGCAUGGGGUAUUUCGAAAAGCGGGUAAAACAAAAGUCACACUGGGAAUAACGAGAGGGGAAGUUUCAAGGUCAGGUCAAAUUUAUAUGUGAAGGCCCAGAAGCCCAGGAAUGCUAAUCAAUUUUAAAGUAGUGGUUGGCUACCAAACCAUUUACACUUCUAACACUAUUAGUAAAAUCUCUCAUUCUAGUAGGGAUUGGGUGUAUGUGUGUUUUAAAAAACACCCUGCUGCAGCCUAUUAAGCCGACUGAGUUCCUUUCCUCAUGGGGGCCCAGUGUGCAAUGGCUACAAACAGCAGCUUCCUUGGUAGUGUAUGCAGCCUGUUUGUUGUAUCGGUUGCUCUAAAGGACCUUGGAGACAGUCCUUUCAGAUGGAUGUACAUGUUUCUGACCUUGCACUACCCCAGUGUAGGCUUCAAACAGGCAUGCGAGGUGCCUUUGGAAAGCCCCAGGGCACUGUGGCCAGGGUUCACAUUGGCCAAGUUAUCAUGUCCAUCCGCACCAAGCUGCAGAACAAGGAGAAUGUGAUUGAGGUCCUGCGCAGGGCCAAGUUCAAGUUUCCGGGCCACCAGAAGAUCCACAUCUCAAAGAAGUGGGGCUUCACCAAGUUCAAUGCCAAUGAGUUUGAAGACAGGGUGGCUGAGAAGCGGCUCAUCCCAGAUGGGUGUGGGGUCAACUACAUUCCCAACCAUGGCCCUCUGGACAAGUGGCGGGGCCCUGCAUUCAUGAGGGCUUCCACUGUGCUGCCCCCUCUUAAUACUCACCAAUAAAUUCUACUUCCUGUCCACCCAGAACAAACAAACAAACAACAACAAUAACAAAAAACACCCUGGAAAAUUCUGAUACUACCUUCCCUUUUCCUUAAGACCUUUACCCAAGCCCAGAACUACUAGGGGCUGUCUACUAGGAACAUUUUAUUCAUCUUUUUGCCUAUAAAAUAAAUUUCCCCAAUUUAGUACAGAAAAGGGUGUCUGCUAUUCCUCAGAUCUCCAGAAAUCAGAUUAUUUAGUAGUUUAAAUAAGCUACUCAAAUGCCUUAACUUCCACAAGUCACAGAUUAAAAAUGAGACACUACCUCCAAAGGGAUGACUGAGACUGGGGGGAAAAAGGUUGUCCAAGAUGGUUCUCUAUGUCCAAAAUUUAAAGAUACCGUCAAAAACGCCCCAUAAUAUUUGCUGAACAGGUUGCAAAGUAACUACAACCACCACAGAAAUAGCCCUAUUAGUUAGAGAAAAUAUCUACUUUCAUAUAUUUCAAGCAAAUGCUAUACUACAUGCAGUUUAUAAGCUGUUGGGGUACAGGUAUAAGAAAUCCAGGAGAGCUGGGCGCGGUGGCUCACGCCUGUAAUCCCAGCACUUUGGGAGG